AUGACAUCCAACUACUAUGUGACCAACAGCUCGCAGGCCUCCGUCAAGAGCUGCCCCCGGCCUUUCUCUGUCUGCUCUGGGAGCACGAACUGCCGGUCUGAGCUGUGCCUGGGCUAUGCCCGCCAGCCCAUGACACACAUGCCUUCUGUCUGCAUGCCCACUACCUACCGGCCAUCCAGUUGCCUCUCCAAGACCUACCUGUCCAGCUCCUGUUGGCCCAGCAGCUGUUGGCCAGCCAGUGGCGUCUCUAGCUCCCUGGCUACCUGUGGCUGGUACUGUGAAGGGGCCUUCAAUGGCAGUGAGAAGGAGACCAUGCAAUUCCUGAACGACCGCCUGGCCAGCUACCUGGAGAAGGUGCGCCAGCUGGAGCGGGAGAACGCGGAGCUGGAGAGCAAGAUCCAAGAGGCUUGCCAGGCCCAGGUGGUCACCAUGUGUCCUGACUACCAGUCUUAUUUCAGGACCAUUGAGGAGCUCCAGCAGAAGGUUCUGUGCACCAGGGCGGAGAAUGCCAGGAUAGUCGUGAACAUUGAUAAUGCCAAGCUGGCUGCUGACGAUUUCAGGACCAAGUAUGAGACGGAGCUGUCCCUGCGGCAGCUGGUGGAGUCGGACAUCAACGGCCUGCGCAGGGUCCUGGACGAUCUGACCCUGUGCAAGGCCGACCUGGAGGCCCAGGUGGAGUCGCUGAAGGAGGAGCUGCUCUGCCUCAAGAGCAACCAUGAGGAGGAAGUUAAUGCCCUUCGGUGCCAGCUUGGGGACCGCCUCAACAUCGAGGUGGAUGCUGCGCCCCCUGUAGACCUGACCAGGAUGCUGGAGGAGAUGCGGUGUCAGUAUGAGACCAUGGUGGAGGCCAACCGCAGGGAUGUGGAGGAAUGGUUCAACACACAGAUGGAGGAGCUGAACCAGCAGGUGGCCACAAGCUCUGAGCAGCUUCAGAGCUACCAGUCGGACAUCAUUGAUCUGAGACGAACUGUCAACACGCUGGAGAUCGAGCUGCAGGCCCAGCACAGCCUGAGGAACUCUCUAGAAAAUACACUGACAGAGACUGAGGCCCGCUACAGCUCGCAGCUGGCCCAGCUGCAGUGCAUGAUCACCAAUGUGGAGGCCCAGCUGGCCGAGAUCCGCUGUGACCUGGAGCGGCAGAACCAGGAGUACCAGGUGCUGCUGGACGUCCGGGCCCGGCUGGAGUGUGAGAUCAACACGUACCGGAGCCUGCUGGAGAGCGAGGACUGCAAGUUGCCCUGUAACCCACGCUCCACUCCUUCCUGCCCGCCUUGUGCAUCCUCCCCCUGUGUGCCCCGCACUGUCUGUGUGCCCCGCACCAUCUGUAUGCCUUGCUCACCCUGCCCCCCGGGCCGCUUCUGA